AUCUUAGAAACGGAAGUACAGUGACAUCUUCCUUGGCAACGAGUAGCGGCGUUAACAUGUUUAGCUAAACUUACCCUCAGCCAUGAUUUCUGUUUAACUGACUGAGUUUCAGCUAUAUUUUAUGUCACCGUGUUUACUUUUGGUCUAUAUCGCAACAGGGGUACAUAUUACAGAUAUAAAAUAGUGCACCGUUAUGUUGGCAUUAGCUGUGUUGUUAGCCAGUUAGCUAAAACCUCAUCCUGUUGACUGUAUGGUUUCGAGUCUGUAUGGCGGUAUGAAUUCCCGACUUUGGUUCUGUUCGGUUCAGAUAUUUAUCCUGUUGUGUGGACGUUCAGCUCACACCGCUACAGAGUCAGGUGUUACUCUCACUGCCGCUCCCGGUUCAACAUAUGGGGAGUCUUUCAGCUCAACAACCGCUCCUCCAUCCGGCGGUUCAGGUACAAGUGAGUCAACCGGUGUCAGCUCCACGGAGACCUCCACUCUGGUACCCACUCUGGACACCAUGGACACUACGACGCUGACCGUGUCUGAGGCUCCCACUGUGGUCACUAAAACCCCCUCUACAACAACCAGCCAGCCUGAGGAGAUGUCAACAGGUAACAUCCACCUACUGCGCAAUGCGACGUCGAAAUGACAUCUAUAUGACGUAAUUUUUCGACGUCUAAAUCACGUCUCCUGAGGGUACAGAAUUAAAGUUUUUGACGUCUUUUUAAGGAUAAUACAGAUAUUGAAUUCUUGACAUUCACUGCUGUUUUACCUGUGUCCUAAUAUAAGUCUUCUGUUGAUAUCCAGGUUGUCUCUGUGACUUGACCCCUGAUUUCUGUGACAUCGGCUGCUGCUGUGACACAAUUGACUGUAAUGUUGCAAACUUGAGCACCGUCUUUACUGGAUGUCCACAGAAAACCAUGUAAGCUUUUAAAGAUAAAACCACUACAGGGCACAUUUAAGGCACAUCUAAGGCAUUAAAAUGAUUUGAAAUCUGUUAUUUUACAGAUCAGGAGUCUGCAUUGAGAAAUGGCUGAUGUUCAAGGCAAAUGUGGAUACAUCUCUCGUCACUGUGACUGACUCCUUGUUUUGUGUCCGGCCUAAAGGUACACAUUUGAGAUUAUGCCAAUUAAUAAUGAUAGACUUUAUGAACUAACACUUAAAUCAAAGUCACUGUCUGAUUCAAAAUUAAAAUGCCACAAUAAUCUUUAUAUAGAUUAACAGUUUUCUGCAUGAUCAUAAGGGGGAUUCCAACAUCCUGGUUUAAUAUCAAAAGGAGAACACACACACUUCUUCUUCUUCUUCUCUUGCUUUGUAUAAUCAGUUUUAACCUCUUCCCUGUAGAUACUGCACCUCAGUCCCUCCCGGCCCAGCCUCAGUUUCCAGCACUAGGAGAUUCAUACCAUUUCUCACCACCAGCACCCCUGAGCAGCAGCUACAGCAGAGAUUUCUAUCGGGUAAACGCACAUGUUGUUGUCCUACUUCUUCUUAAAUCAUAUUCCAGGUGUAAGACAAACACUUUUGAGACCUAAGCCUGUUAGGCAGCACUGAUGCUGAGUUCAAAAUUAUACUUUUAAGUUUAAAAGAAUGAGAAUUUUCUUUUUCUUUUCUUCUAGGCUGAUGAUGUCAUCCUGACAUAUUUUAAUAACUCUUCUAUGAGGGGUUUCCUUCGUCAGCCAUCUCCGGGGCCCGCUGCUGAUUUCUGUGUCAACCGUAAUCCUGCAAGUAUGUUAACAAACAUGAAAUGUAGCAACAGGCAAGUUGUAUAUCGGGACAUUUGCAGCUUUUUCAUGUCACAAGUAACUGAUGAUGUUCUUAAUGAGAAAAGGCAACAUGUUAAGACAGUCAGCAAAUUUAUAGAAAGGUAAAGAUUAUGCUUUUACAUCACAAACAUAUCGGCUGCUGUAACUUUCAUUUCUGAACUCUUUCCGUCUUCUUGCAGAGUUCCUGAGGUCUGUGUCUCUGUCUUGUACCCGAAUGUUGACGCCUCAGUCAUGCUCCACAGACCCAACUCUCAAUGCCAGAUCCUAUUUCUACGGCCUGAGUUUGAUCAAGGUUUGCCAGGCUGUCUCCAAUUAAACUGUCCUGCACGAUAUUUCUUUGUUUAUAACUUGAAAGAACUGGUUAACCUCAGCUCUUUCAUUACAGAUUCCAGUUCGUGAGACCGUAGAGGUGUCAGAUUUACUUGUAAGUUACAGACCAACCAUCCAUACAUCUCAAAACUUUCAUUGCAACCUGUAGAAUCAUGUUAAGAUCAUCUUUAUGCAAGUUUAUCAAGUGUUCAAGACACUAUCUUUAGCAAGAAGAGACUGUUUGGUGUUUUCAACUUGUAAGAAAGACCUCUCAAGUGUUGUUUUUUUUAGUUUUACCCCAAAUUUUAAUUCGAUUGCUAAUUCAGGAUUUGCUCUGUGCUUUUUUUAUCAGGUUCCAGUCAUUCCUCUGUCUAGCUGGCCUGCACCAAGUACACAAAACAGCACUUGUGUCAAUGUGGUAACAAAGGUGAGGGGAUUAAAGGGUUAAAUUUUGUUUUUCUUGAAUUACAAAAAAGCUCAAAUUCUCUUUUUAUGGACUCCUCUACAGGUAGAGUUUGUGAUAGGGUUCACAGGCAGAGGGGAGGUCAUGUAUGCAACACUGAAUGUAGCAGUGGCUGACGUGGAUCCAAACCAGUUGCUGUUGCAGACUCACUCUGUGCAGUUUCAGGUAUCCUGUGAAAACUAGUCUUCAUCACUAAUCAAGCAAGGAUUCAUAUUCUAAAAUCUAUGCUAUUGUUCUCCCUCAGUUAGAAGAACCCAGUCCAACUCCAGCUGCACCAGUCCCUGCUGUUGGACUUCCCACUGGAUCUCCUGUUGUUGGUCGUUUUGGUGAAGAAGUGAUGCCUGUAUCUUUAAAAACACAAGUUCUUAUUUUUUUUUGUGAGUUUGUCAGCUGCAUUUAAGUCAACAAUAAGUCUUAAUUCCUUGACUAUGGGCCAGCUGACCACUCUGGGGGUGUUGCAGAGUGGGGAGUGCUCCUCUGACCCUACCAGACGAGCACCUCUCCUCUUCACACACAACACCAUCACUGGCUGCACAUUCAGGUACACUCCUCUGCUGCUUCUAUGUCAUUUCUAAUUCAGUAGAUAAGUGACAGUGAGGCCCUCAUUUUCCUUUCUGUGUGCUGUUUAGUUUCCCGUCCAGUGACUGCACAGAGCUGCGUUCCCACAUUUAUGGAAUCUUGCAGGGGCUUGCUACUCCUGAUCUGAUCGCCAUGAGCUAUGGCUCCCAACCGGACUGGACCAGGGUCAUCACCCAGGAGUGUCCUGUCAGCCUGCAGGUGCAGCUCAGUCUGAAUAUUAGCUAAUACUGACCCUGCAGAGUUUGGCCUUUGUACAGUAGACGUGGCUUGAAGAUCCCCAUAUGUGGAAGAAAAGUUCUUCAAAAGUCUGUUAAUGCUAUCUGUGAUGUAUUUAAGUUACUAGUUCUUUUAAUUUCUAACUAUUUGCACAUUUUGAAAAGGAACAAAGCCUUGUGUUUUUUUAAAAAAAGAGACCAUUUACACCUGCACCUAAACCUGCAUUCUUGCAACUGGCCAGCAGGGGGCAACCCUACAAGUGACUAAAAGAAGUCCAAAUGAUAAGAACAUCACCCUACUUCUUGUUUGAUUAAUUUACUUGGUAUAAGCAACCUCCAUAUAAUUUAAUGGUUAUAAUUUCAAGUUGAAAGUUUUAAAACUCUUUCAAAGAAGUUUGAUAUCUACUGUGAUGAAGCUCAGCAAUGUGUCUCCACUGUUUUUGAUGCACAGCACUUCCGGUUCUGAAUAUGAAAGAUAGCAAGGAUUACAAACCGCCCUUCCUCCUGCUAAUACACUUUUUUGUUCUAUCUUUAGGAAACAUGUGAAUCCGGUUGUUUCCUCCCCAGCUCUCUAUCUAUCCGUGUGCUGUGGGCUCGCCAGGGUCUCUUACACCUUCCCCAGAACUACAUCCUCGGGGCCAAGUACAUUUUCCACUGUCAAAAUUUUAAGGUAGGCUGCAUAACAGGCCGAGUUUUAAAAUUCCAUUUUUCUGUGCAGCACACACAUUAAACAUCCUCUCCUCAUUUUUUUCAGUGCCCAAUGUCGUCUCCUGUUCCUCUGACCACAGAAGUGAAGUUUGUGGACAUUACAGUUUACCCAGAACCCCCCUUGGGCUCGCCACAGCCUAACUGGAAGUUUCCAUUUGGUUUCUUCACCAGAGGCCUUGCAGAGCUGGAUGGACACAUUGUUACUGACAGCAGUGACAGGGAGAAGGUCACAUGGAGUUUAAUGCUGUUCACAGGAACAUUACUAACAGGAUUAGAAUUCUUCUUCAGGUAGCUGGACCGAGGUGGGGAACUUAGUUGUAGAGACAGAACUUUCAGCAGCUGGUUUUAUUUUUAAACUUGUACAGCAUUAAAAUAGAAGCUACAUUUAUUUAUUCUUUUGUACACUUUAUAAAUAAAGAGACUUUUACAGGAAAA